UACUCGAACGGAUUCAAUGCAUAUUGGCUGAUGUACAUGGCAUCUGACCCAAAUGAUAGAACGAAAGUGUCUCCUACUCUCCAGAAAGCUGCUAGUCUUGGUUUGAAAGUGAUUAGGACUUGGGCUUUCAAUGAUGGUGGGUACAGAGCCCUGCAAGAAUCUCCAGGCCAGUAUAAUGAGGCUACAUUCCAGGGUUUAGACUAUGUGAUAUCCGAGGCAAAGAAAAAUGGGGUCUAUCUAAUAUUGACACUAGUUAACAACUGGGGUGAUUUUGGAGGGAAGAGCAAAUACGUGCAGUGGGCAAGGGACCAGGGACAGACCAUAAGCUCUGAUGAUGGCUUCUUUAGUAAUGAGGUUGCUAAAGAAAUGUAUAAAAACCAUAUCAAGACGAUUCUCACGAGGGUUAACACGAUAACGGGAGUAGCAUACAAGGAUGAGCCUACGAUCUUUGCAUGGGAGCUCAUGAAUGAGCCUCGAUGUCAAAGCGACCUCUCUGGCAAAAUUAUUCAGGCUUGGGUCCAGGAAAUGGCUUCUUAUGUGAAGUCUAUAGAUAGCAAUCACAUGCUUAAUAUUGGACUCGAAGGAUACUAUGGAGAGUCAGCUCCCGAUAGAAAGCAAUAUAAUCCUGGUUAUGAGGUUGGUACGGACUUUACCUCCAACAAUCAGGUGCCGGAAAUUGAUUUCACUACCAUUCAUUCCUAUCCUGAUCAAUGGAUCCCAGGAUCAAGUGAUGAUGCUCAACUUGCUUUCAUGAAGAGCUGGAUACAAGCUCAUAUUGAAGAUUCCACAACACUGCAAAAACCGUUUAUAGUCUCAGAAUUUGGCAGAUCUUCAAGAUCAUCAGGAUAUACUGUGGAUGUGAGGGACUCCUACUUCAAAACUGUUUAUGAUGCCAUCUAUUCAUCAGCAAAAUCUGGGGGCCCUUGCACUGGCGGACUAUUCUGGCAAGUAUUAGCAGAGGGAAUGGAUGGAUUUAAAGAUGGCUAUGAAGUCAUAUUUUCUGAAUCUCCAUCGACAACAAGUAUUAUCACUCGGGAGUCUAGUAUGAUAUCUAGCCUCAACAGCCCAUCCAUGCUUGAAAGAGGUGCAGCUUUAAGGAAUUGA